AUGGAUCAUCUACCCAACUUCAAGUACAAGUCCGAGCCAUAUCCCCGCGUGCCGCUGCUCUCCUCACAGCCCUAUGAUGGCCUUGAAUUCGACGGCUACCAGACUCGCCGCGGCUUCCUACUUACCCCUCUUUACAACCGUGACUUUUCGCAAAAGCCGCGCGAAGAAACCGCCGAUUUUCUCCAGACGUGGCUCUUCUAUGGGGCCAUUCGCGAAUUGCUCACCGUGGAUGAGCCCCCGGACCUCAGCCUCUUCAUCGAGAUGGAUGACUACGGGUUCCGCGCCUCGACGCGCCACCUUGAACGGCUCAUAUCAGCAUGGGCCGUCAAGAUUGAAGCCCUCGCCAAAAAGUCGGUGGAAGAGUGCCGCGCCCAGCUGACCCGUGUCGGCGUCGCCCUCAACACCAUCAACAAGAUCUACCACAACCUGCUUAUCGUCCCCGAUAGCCCGCUGCCUUGGGAGGUGACGCUGUCGUUCGGCGUGCUCGGCUGCACCAUGGACCACGCGCUCAAAGACAUUUUCAACCUCGGCCGCGGCCGCACUUGGGGGCUUGACAGCCUGGCUGCCACGAGAAUGGCUGCCGCUGGCUGGUGCCCUCGCGACGUGGCCGUUGCACAGGAGUUCUUGUCAGAGCUUCCCAUGUUCUGUGCGAGCUUCAUGGAGAGGCGCACUGUGCCAUUUGAUCACUGGAACUGCUCGAGCGCGACGUGCCUCCUAAACAAUAUUGACGAGAAGACAUAUGUGACGCAGCAUCGCACGCAAGGCUGUCGGUGCCACAUGGUUGGUGUGGAUCAGAGCGAGGUGCAUCGGAUCAUUGAAAAGGGGGGCAUUCCGGUCAUCUGGAUCACGAACUCUGGAGUGGAUGCAUACGGAUCGCCCAUGCUGGACGUCAAGUUGAAGAACGGCGGGCUUGUGAUGAACAGCUACAUCGCCAUUAGCCAUGUUUGGUCUGAUGGACUCGGAAACCCGCACGCGAACACGCUGCCCCUCUGCCAACUGCAGUCCCUCUAUGAUCGACUCGUCGACAUGAGCUGGAACGAGACGCUCCACGUUCUCAACACGACGGGCCAGGACAUUGAGUACAACGGACAGACGGAAAAGAAGAUCAUCGAAGGCAUCGGUAAGGCCUUCAAGUUCAUGGCUCCCGGUCUCAAGCGUGUCGUCGAUCCGAUCCGAGAAUACCGCAAGAAACCCCUUGCCAUCUGGCUCGACACGUUCUGCGUCCCACUCGGAGGCCACAAUAGAAAAUUGGCCAUUGCGAACAUGGCCAAGAUCUACUCUACCGCGCACAUGACCAUCGUCUUGGACUCGGAGCUGCAAGCUCUCGAGGCCAAGGGUUGUCUCGACGAAGAAUUGGCCAUGCAUAUUGGGCUGUCGGGCUGGCAGCGACGGGCGUGGACGUUCCAGGAGGGCGCCCUCUCGACACAGUGGCUACGUUUCCUGUUUAGAGAUGGGCCAGCGCAGCUGCCGUUGUGGAAGAAGGAAAACCCCGACCAAAGCAUCGCCCUGGGCUACACGAUGCCAGGCUUCGUGGACGGAAUGGAGCGCAUGCAGGGCAAAGGCCUCAAUCUGAUCACCAAGAGGCUCGACGGCAGCCCCCAUUAUUCCAGGCCAGACGUUCCCAAGAGCCGGCUUGAGGAGAUGGAGAGGAACAAGUUCACCUUUGCACUGCAAUCGUAUACGCUCGAGGAAACGAAGAAAUUCUUCAUCGGCAUGAAGCUCAUGUGGAGCGGCACUCACAUUUAUUCGCACCCCGAUGUCCUGGCAACGCGCAUCAUUGCUAUUUGGGAAACGAUGCGUUUGCGGGCAACGAGCAAGGAGUCGGACAAGUUCAUCUGCUUCGCCAUCAUGUGUGCGCUCAGCGGCAGUCAGCGGCAGCACUUGCCAGCGCUGUUCUCAGAGGAUGAGCAUGUUCGCAUGCGGCGCUGGGUGCAGUUGCAGAGCAUUGUGCCAUCGGGGCUGCUCUUCAUUCCCGGGCAGAGGUACGACGAGCCAGGCUUCCGCUGGAUUCCCAUGGGCGUGUACCGCGAGCCACUUGUGGACGACGAGUACGCCGAGCGCGAGAGCGAGGCUGAGGGCGGCGCUCUGCUGUUCUCCAAGCCCGGUUGGAUCAUGGACGAUGCGCCGGUUCGCUGCCUGCAAGACGGAAUGUUUGUAGUCUCGGACUCGGUGACAAGCUUGCGAUACACCGUUGAGCAGAUCGACGCCCCGUCCAAGUCAUCAUCCUUUGCUCUGGUGCAGGGCGAGGCGAUGGCUGUCAUACUCAUGUGCCGGGUCGGCGAGCGUCCGCCGGAGGAGGGCGACAACAUUAAAGAAUUAGGCGCGUUGCUGAGAAGUGUCUCGCAGACGCCGUCCCGCAUCCGCGGUGAUUUUGUCUGCCGCGUUCGGGUUGGUUUGUGUAUCGAGAGCGAAGGCCAGUCUAGUGCUGCUCCCGUACCUGGAAGAACGAUUUACGGAAGCCAGAAGUGGAUACUUGGGUGA